CGGAACACCUAUUUACGGUCUUUGUUUCUUUAAAGCACAUUUGUUAGCGGACCGCACACGAAUGUACCACGUUAGCUAGACUCGUUUAAACAAACGUCCAGAAUAAAAUACAUCUUAGAUUAAAUUUAUUGUUUUAGCUUUUAAUAGAAAAACAGUUUUGAAUCAGCCAUGCUGUUGAUAUUUUAUUAAUCAAGUAAAUAAAGUAAGUAUUCUUCCGGAAAUGUGACUCAAUUGGUUUGUUCCAUUUCCGUUUGUAAGGAAAACAACGCAGUCCACAUGGACAGCACUUUUUAGAGACAGACAUCCUUUUCGGUAUUUUUGUAGUAUAUUGUGGUGUGAUCGCUUCAGAAGUAGUUAUGGGGAAGAAGAAGGCGGGAGGAGGACUUGGUAGAGCUCUGAUUAAAGAGAGACUCCAGACGAGCCGAGGGACCAAGAGGGGAGACUCCUGGCUUCACACCAGUGAACUGAACGAUGGCUACGACUGGGGUCGAUUGAACCUGCAAUCCGUAACAGAGCAGAGCUCAAUGGAUGACUUUCUGGCCACUGCUGAACUGGCAGGAACAGAGUUUGUUGCAGAGAAGCUCAACAUCAAGUUUGUUCCAGCUGAAGCGAGAGCAGGUUUGUUAACAGCUGAGGAGAAAAUGAGGUUAAAGAAACUGCACGAAGACAACAAGCACUUCCUCAGAAUUCCUCGACGCCCCCAGUGGGAUGAGAGCACCACUCCAGAUGUACUUCAGCAGGCCGAGAAAGACAGCUUCCUGCAGUGGAGACGAGAACUCGCACAACUUGAAGAAGAGCAGAAGUUGAUUCUCACACCCUUUGAGAGGAACCUUGAAUUCUGGAGGCAGCUGUGGAGAGUGAUCGAGAGAAGUGACGUCGUCGUUCAGAUAGUCGAUGCUAGGAACCCUUUACUUUUCAGAUGUGCUGACUUGGAGUUGUAUGUGAAAGAGGUGUCGCCACAUAAAGUCAACAUGCUGCUGGUGAACAAGGCGGACCUGUUGACCAGGCAGCAGAGGCGAGUCUGGGCCAGAUAUUUUGAGAAAGAAGGUCUGAUGGCAGUUUUCUGGUCAGCCCUCGCUGAGAGCAACAGACUGGAUGCAGAAGAAAAGGGCACGGAGGUGGACGAUCCAGAAAAUGCAGAAAGCGAUCCAGAAGCAGAAAAAUCAACCUGCAGUGGAAAUUCCAGUCAUAUGUUGGAUGGAAGAGAAGAGGUGGAAGAGGAGAGUGAUGUGGAAGAAGAUGAGCAGGAAAAGGUAACUGUGGAUGAAGAGGAAUGGCAGACCUGCUCAGAAGGUGAGGAGGAAGAGCAAGAAAUUUCCAGCUCAUGUAGUGAGUCCAUACGCAACUCCAGCCGCCUGCUGCAGAAAGAUGAGCUACUGAACAUGUUUAAAGCUGUGCACAAGGGGCCCAGGACUAAAGAGGGACAGCUCACAGUGGGACUGGUUGGUUAUCCCAAUGUGGGGAAGAGCUCCACCAUCAACACCAUCUUAAGGAAUAAGAAAGUUUCUGUUUCGGCCACACCUGGACACACGAAGCACUUUCAGACUCUGUAUGUGGAGCCAGGCCUGUGUCUGUGUGACUGCCCCGGUCUGGUCAUGCCCUCGUUUGUUUCCACCAAAGCGGAGAUGAUCUGCUCUGGGAUUCUGCCCAUUGACCAAAUGAGAGACCACGUUCCUGCAGUGUCCCUUAUAACUCAGACGAUCCCCCGGCAUGUGUUAGAAGGCACGUACGGCAUCAACAUCAUCAGACCCAGAGAAGACGACGACCCCGACCGGCCCCCCACCUCUGAGGAGUUUCUCAUGGCGUAUGGAUACAUGAGAGGUUUUAUGACGUCACACGGCCAGCCUGAUCAGCCCAGAUCAGCCCGGUACAUCCUGAAGGAUUAUGUCAACGGAAAGCUUCUGUUCUGCCAUCCUCCGCCACACGUUAACCCAGAAGACUUUCAGCCACAGCACAGCAAGUUCCUGAGAAGAGAUUCAGAUGUGGGGGACUCGUCUGCAGCAUCACACAAACAACCUAAACUCAAGAGGAUUGAAAAUGUUGUUGACAAGAACUUUUUCCAUCAGGAAAAUGUACAAGCGCUCACCAAGGGAGUUAAGUCCAUCAUGGGCUACAAACCAGGCAGUGGACCUGUUGGGCCUGGGGCCACUGAACCGGAGACGGUGAUCGGAAAACCCUGGAAAAAACACGGCAACAGGAACAAAAAGGAAAAAGUACGCAGGAUUAAUAAGCACCUGGAUGCUUGAUGAUGAUUUGAAAUCUAAGAUUUUUGUAUCUUGAUUAAUUCUGGUUUUAUUAAAGACUCCAGUUUGUGAUUCCAGUGGAUGAAUAUGGAGAAGUCCUCAUCCUAACUGAUGAAUGUGUGUACGUGCUGAUCAUGUUUGAAGGUGAUAUUGGUUUAAACACAUAGCAACCAGAUCACUGGGUUAACUUUCAGUGGAUGGAGUUUUCAUCUAAACGUGACAUUUGUGAAGAUUUUAGGUUUACAAACAAAAUAAGUCCCAUUUUCACUUGGAGGUAAACAACUGAACAUAAAAUGUCGCUUUUACUCAUCAGCAGCAAUGAUACACAUCACCAAACUGUUCCAUAAUAAAAUACACGUUUUCAUCAUUGUGCUUCACUUUUGUCAAAUCCCUCUAAUUAUUCAGAGAAGGGAAAAAUGAACUUUUAAUUGUUAUAUUUAGGAUGAGAACACAUUAAAGAGCUUUUAAACGGUCAA